AGUAUGAACAGCACACCAGUGAAGGAAUUCAUACUCUUAGGCUUUACAGACAAUCAUAAGCUUCAAGUCUUACUCUUUCUCCUACUAAUGGGAACAUAUCUCUUGACUUUAUCAGGGAACAUGGUGAUAAUUGUGAUCACGCUGUCCAGUCACCGUCUCAACACACCAAUGUAUUUCUUCCUCCGAAAUUUUGCACUAUUGGAGCUUGGAUUCACCACUUCCAUCAUUCCCAAAGCAUUGGUCAACUUGGCCACGGGACAGAGGUCUAUCUCUAUCAGUGGCUGCUUCACACAAUCCUUUCUGUACUUUACUCUGGGGACAACGGAAUUCUUUCUGCUGGCAGUCAUGUCAUUUGACAGAUAUGUGGCCAUCUGUCACCCUCUUCGUUACUCCACCAUAAUGAAAGGCCAGCUGUGCUCUUUGCUGGUAGGUUGCUCUUGGGUUGGGGGCUUGUUGCUAAUUUUGGGUCCAGCAAUCGCUUUAUUUCAGGCACCAUUUUGUGGCCCAAACACUAUGAACCAUUUUUUCUGUGACAAUGGACCAUUGAUCAGACUUGCUUGUGUAGACACAAGUCAACUGGAACUUGUGGAUUUCUUCGUUGCCACCCUCUCUCUCAUUGGAACUUUGGCAGUAACCAUUGUCUCCUAUGUCAACAUCAUUUCCAGCAUUAUGCGCAUCUCAUCGACCCAAGAGAGGCAGAAAGCUUUCUCCACUUGUUCCUCCCAUAUUAUUGUUGUCUCCCUGUUUUAUGGUAGCUGCAUCUUCAUGUAUGUGAGGCCUUCUCAAAGUGAAGGGUUUGAUUUCAACAAAGGGGUCUCCAUUCUAAACACUGUGGUCACCCCCUUGUUGAACCCCUUCAUCUACACCCUCAGAAACAAGCAAGUACAUGAAGUGCUCAAAGAUACCAGAAAGAAGAUAUUUAAAAAAAUAGAGAGAGAGAGAGAGAGAGAGAGAGAGAGAGAUAGAUAGAUAGAUAGAGAGAGAGAGAGAGAGAGAGAGAGAGAGAGAGAGAGAGAGAGAGAGAGAGAGAGAGAGAGAGAGAGAGAGAGAGAGAGAGAGAGAGAGAGAGAGAGAGAUGGUUGGAUGGAUGGAUGGAUG